AGCAAAAAAAAAAAAAACAUUAAUACAUUAUAUAAAACAAGAUGAAAGUUGAAAUCGCGGUUGCAAAUGUUAGUCAAAUUAUAGUAGAAAAAAAGCUACAAGUUUAAUCCAAAUUAAUUGAUAUUCAUUCAAGUUCAAGCAACUUUAACAAUUAACCACAAAUAAAUAAAACGGCAAUAGACGCAAACGUAAUAAACAAUAUGAUAUUUAACUAAAUACGAUUCCAAUGCGAAUUUUCAGAGAACAAUGAAAUAAGAAAAAAAGCAACACAUUUACAACGUAUAGAAAUUAAUUAGUGAAUUUCAUUUCGAAUGAUCCAAGCGGAACUGAUCUUUUUUAACAAAAUGUUCUCAUUUUUAUAUGAAUUCCCCUUAAUUUUAUUUUGCUUUUGCUACUUGCACAGCCCUCAAUUAUAUAUUGUAUUUAAGUAGUUCAAAUCGAAAGGAAAACAAAUAGAAAACCUGAUUCUUAUGUAUCCAUAAAUGUACACAGCACAGCUCAAAUGUUCGGAGCUAGCAUCGAAAUCGUAAUAUGUAUGUAUUUUAACUCGAAAAUGAAAUAGAAAACAAAAACUCGCCCACAUUCAAAUAGAGCCUUAAUAAAAUGAAAACAACACUGCGAACGGCGAAUAUUUUGCGUUUCAUUCAAUUCGCCUCAAAAAAUUCAAGUUCAAUUCGCCUUGGCGCCUAAAGCCAAGCGUUGCCCAACACACCUUUUGAGCAGCUAGCAGCCCUGUGCCACUUGCCCGUUUGGCAACACUGCGAUCUAACAAAAAAACCUGCAUUUCAUUGUAAAUUCUAGAAGUUUUGCAUUUCUUUUCAAUUUGUUUUUACCAAAAACGAUAACUACACAAAUGGAAAGCUGUGCCGUUUUACCAACACAGCAAGUGGAAGCCGGCGGCGAUGGGCCCAGCAAACAACAAAUGCCUUUGGGCGCUGGGGAAGCCUUCACCUCGCACAUGGCUCAACUGAAUGCGGGCGCUUUGCAGGUCACAUUGCGCGUGCUCAAGAUGAACGGCAGCACAAUGCUCUUUCUCAGCGGCAAGGAUGCGGAGCGCCUGGACGAGUUCGCCAUAGCCAUGCCGGCACGUCCGCCCAGCCAGCAAAUAGUGUCCACCACAUUUAUGGGCGAGAGCGGGCAGAGCGAUUCCGUGGUGCUGGCCACAAAGCUGAGCAUGCGCUAUCGCCGCCAGUUCUAUGUGAGCAUGAACCUGCGACUGGAUAGCAUGACCCGCACCCAGUUCGAGAGUGCCUUGGUCAGCUAUAUGCAGAACAACCUGGAGCUGUUCGUGUGAGGCAGCCGCAGCCGCUGUCUGUGUAUUUAUAAUUGUGAUUAAAGUCGCUUAAGCAAA